AUGGCGGCGCCAGUCGAUAAUUACCCAAUGGGAGUGCGAUUCCACCCAACCGACGAAGAGUGCUGCCGCUACCUCAUCGGCGCCGUCACCGGAAACCCAAUCGCCGGCGACCAUCUCAUCAUAUCCACCGCCGACCUCUUCGGCGAAAAGGAGCCCUGGGAGUUCUUCUCCCCCGAGGACGAACACCAAGAGCGCUAUUUCUACACGCGCCUCAAGAGAAUCGCCAAAAACAAUAAUAAUAGUAAUAAUCAGCGGUUUUCACGCAACAUCGGGAACGGCACGUGGUCGAACAAGGGCCAGCGCGCGUUCAUCCACGGCGAGCGUGGCGAGUUAUUGGGCCACAAGCGGACUUUCCGUUACGUGGCGAGGAAAGAGUGCUGCUCGAGCGCCGAUUUUUUCGGGGAGUGGUUUCUGAAGGAGUAUACGGUUCCGGACUGCAAGUUGGGGCAAGUGAAGGCGGAGUUUAAGGACUAUGUGCUUUGCCUUCUCAGGAGGAAGAAGAAUAAGAAGAAGAGGAAGAGUGGGCCGGGCCGUGGGCUUGGUGAAUCGGGUAAUGGGCCUGGGCCGGACGAAGGGGGAUUGGCUUACUUGCUCUCGACUUUGGGUGAUCAAAGUAGGCCGGCUGAUCAGGGGUAUUCCGGUAAUUUGAGGAUGGAUGUUGGUUCGGUUGUUCCGAGCGAUGGGGUUUGUUGGGUGAAUGGUAAUCCGGUUGGUUUGUGGGAGAGUAGUGUUGAUGACGUGGACUUGGAAGAUGAUAAUUUGGGGUCUCUCAUAAGUUUCGAUAUGGAUGACAAGGAUUUGGUUUGGAAGCUUGAGAAUUGGUUCGGAGGUUCGUGUGGUGCUAUGAGUAGUGAAGAGUGUUUCAUGUAUCCAAUGUGGGGUUAA